AUGAAGGAUGUAGACAACAACAAUCAUUUCGCCAGAGCUCUUUUAGACAGUGGGUCUCAACCGAGUUUCGUUUCUGAAGCACUCUGCCAGAAGUUACGUUUGAAACGUACAAAAGUUAAUUCAUCGAUCAGCAGAAUCGGACAGUCCACAGUGAACGUACACUACGGAAUCUCUUUGUCGCUCUCUUCUCGUUUCGAUACUUUCUCCACCAGUUUGGAAUGUCUGGUAUUAUCGAAGCUCACCGUGUCCUUGCCUGGGCACCACAUCAUCGUCGUACGUUGGAUCAUUCCACGAAAUCUUCCUUUAGCAGACCCACAGUUUAACAUCAGCAAAGGUAUCGACAACAUCAUCGGUGCUGAACUGUUCUACCAUUUACUAGAACAUCAGCAAUUCUCACUUGGCCUCGAAUACCCUAUCCUUCAGAAGACAUUCCUUGGAUAUAUUGUAUGUGGAAAGCUGGAACAGCUAUCCUCGGAACCACCUAUAACACAAACCAGUAUGAUAUGUGCAGAACAGCAGCUCGACGCUCAACUUCAACGGUUUUGGGAGGUCGAAAACAUCGAAGACGUCAAGGAACACAGUAACGAAGAACAAGCUUGUGAGGAGCACUUCCUACAAACAACUUCCAGGGAGGUUGAUGGUCGCUUCGUCGUUCGUUUACCAUUGCGAGAAGAUAUGAUAGCGUUAAUGGGCGAUUCGUACCAGCCCGCCCUCCGUCGAUUCCUGGCAAUGGAGAGAAAGCUCGCUUCCAACGAUAAACUUCGCCGGGAAUACCUUAGUUUCAUGGAGGACUACGAGAAAUUGGGUCACAUGGAGGUUUGCUCGCGCGCGUCGUGUAGCCCACAGUAUUUCCUGCCCCAUCAUGCCAUUCAACGUCCGGAGAGUUCAACUACGAAGACUCGAGUGGUAUUUGAUGGAUCAUGUCGCUUCUCCACACAACAUUCGCUCAACGACGUUUUGAAAAUUGGUCCAACGGUUCAACCUGCUUUGUACUCCAUCGUAAUAAACUUCCGCAUGCCAGAUCUGGAUUCAUCCUGA